GCUCUGUUCUGUUUUCCCAAGAAACCUCCUCUUUCUCUCUAUUGUCAACGCUGAACAAGGCUUCUGUCACAGCAUCUACAGCCCAGCUCUGAUCACCACCUCCUCUGCCAGGCUCUGAGAGGGAAUCCUGGCAGGCACAUAUUGGCUUCCAUCUGGGAUUCUGAAACCCGAGCUUCAAAACCUCCCUCCUUCCUGGGCCAGUAAGGCCAGCAUCCAGCAUGGCCAUCAGCAGCUAGACACAAGCUGGGGGAUUGCGAAUGGGCCUAUUGCAGCCAUACACUGGCCUGGACGUUGGGCCCCUUGGUGCAGGCAACCGCAUAUGCUUUUUGUAGGCCUCUUACCAAACCUCUUGAGACCUACCCCCAGUGGGACUAUAACUCCCAGCAUCCCCCGACAGCUAAGCGUAAUGUAAUUGUAGAUUUGUCAAACUGUGGGGGCUGCUGAUUGGAAAUGCUUGCACACCACUGUAAUUCUGUUUAACCAAGAAACCUCCUCUUUCUCUCACGGCAUUUCCAGCCCAGCUCUGAUCGCCUCCUCCUCUGCAAGGCUCUGAGAGCGCUGCCUGUCGUUAUUCACUGCAGCGCGGCCCAGGCCGGCACACUAGGGGUUAAUAGUUAGCCCUGCUGUAACUCGAUCUGGCCGCUGCACAGGCUAUAGAGCCCCAAGCAAGGCUUCUCUCACAGCAUCUCCAGCCCAGCUCUGAUCGCCACCUCGUCUGCCAGGCUCUGAGAGGGAACCCCGGCAGGCACGUAUUGGCUUCCGUCUGGGAUUCUGCAGCUUCCAAACCUCCCUCCUUCCAGGGCCAGUCAGUAAGAAUAGCAUCCAGCAUGGCCAUCUGCAGCUAGACACAAGCUGGGGGCUGCGAAUGAGCCCACUUACAGACACACACAGGCCUGGAUGUAGGACCCAUUGGUGCAGGUUACCAUGGCUAGCUUCAGCCCCCUGACUGUCUUUAUCUCAGCGACAAGCUUAGCAGUGUUUCAGUUCCUGUUCCAUGUUGGAAGCUCUUGGCUCUCUGCUCGUUUAACUUGUGGAUUCAGCAAGCUGAGUGCGAGGCAGAAGAUUGAAUGGAAUUCCAGGACGGUGUCCUCUUUCCAUGCUUUGGUGGUUGGAUGUUUCUGCUUGUAUAUUUUAGUGUACGAUGAUGCUGUUAAUGCUGACCCUGUUUGGGGUGAUCCCUCUAUGGUCAAGCUGAAUGUUGCAGUAACCUCAGGCUACCUCAUUUCCGACCUAUUGCUUAUUAUUUAUUACUGGAAGGAGAUCGGUGAUAAAUAUUUUGUGACACAUCACUUGGCAGCUCUAUAUGCUUACUACUAUGUACUGGGUGAAGGAAUGUUGCCAUAUUUUGGUAAUUUCCGACUAAUUGCUGAAUUUUCGACACCUUUUGUUAAUCAACGGUGGUUUUUCGAAGUUCUGGGAUACUCCAAAUAUGCUCUCCCUAACAUGGUAAACGGUGUUCUAAUGACAAUCUCCUUCUUCAUCGUAAGAAUAGCGGUCAUACCAAUCUAUUAUGGGCGUGUCUUUUCCACCUUUGGCACAGAGGCGUUUCACAAACUGGGGCUUGGUGCCCAGUGCGCAUGGAUCAUCUCAAGUGUAUCAUUGGAUAUUAUGAACGUAAUGUGGAUGAUAAAAAUUACAAAAGGGUGCUACAAAGUCCUCUACCACAGAGAUGGGAAAUCGACCAAAACACAGAAUAAUGGAAAACUUGAGUAAACAAAAAGAUGUAUUAUGUCUUCCAACCAGCAUUUGUUUCAGAAUCCUCCGAGGACCUGCAUGUUCUUAAGUUAAGGAGACUUUGAUUAUUACUUUUUUGUAAGUUCUGUUUUGCACCCCUUCAGCACUUCUACAAUAACAGUAUUCCAAAGAAGAAGCAACAUAUUUUCUUCUAUACUUUUUCCUUUUGUCAAACCACCGCCGUUUUAUUGGAACCUUUUAUUUCCUGAUAAAAAGAGUCUAACACUGGUUCCCUGCAAAGAAAGCAUGAAAAAGUUGCCUUGUGCUUCUGGGUUUACAAAUCUUAAUGAUGGACCGGCUGAUGCUGAGGGCAGAGAGUCAUUUAAAUACAGGUCCGAUCAUUCCUACAGCAGCUACAGAACCGCUUUGGAAUCAGAGCUAUCUGUUUAUCAUAUAUUGAUAGCUCGCCAUAAAGGCUUUCCAGCAGCUGUAAUCAUUGUCAUUUUGUAUUUUGAUCAGGUGCAAAAGUUAGAUUUUAUCCAUGUCCACGCAGAAGCUUGUGGGUCAGUGUAUACAAAUGUCUAAUGAUUAUGGGUUAUAGUCUUAUCAUUUUUGCUCUUUUAAUGUAUUUGUCAUGUAAAAAAGUGUAAUUUUAUCCAUGUCCACACAGAAGUAUGAAAAAGGAAGGCUUGUGCUUCUAUGUAUGCAAAUCUAAUUAUGGGCUCGCUGAUAUUGGUGGCAGAGGUUUUUUGAUCUUUCCUAUAGUAGUUACUGAACUUAUUUAAAAGCAGAGCUAUCAGUUACAUGAUGCAUGAGUGGGGAUCAUAGCUCACCAAAAAAUGUUUAUCAGCAGCAGUAAAAAAAAAUAAAAAAAAUGGUGUAAAUACAAAUUAUCAAGGUUGUGGAAGAGAGAAUUGGGUGUGACAAGGCCAGCACAGAUAAAGCAUUGCACUGAUAAGAUGUGUCUUUAGUAUGAAAAAAGAAAGGCAAUCAAUUCAAUGCCUCAAAAUUGGACUUUGUCGGAAUUUGCCUAUUGGACUAAAUGACAAAGCCUAACAUGUAAUAUUUGCCCUGUUUAAGGACACAAACCUUUCCAGUAGAUUUAUUCAAUUAUAAUGAAGAAUUGAUUAUAUAUUUUGCCUUGGCAAAUGCCCCAUAAACAAGACUGAGAGGUUAGGAAGGCCAUGAUGAUUACAUAAAGUACCUGUAUUGUGAAUUAUUUAUUUGGCACUGGUACGCCCUUAGAGAAUGUUUAGAGGAACUGAAAUUACAUAUUUGAGGGACUUUAAUUACCUGGGUAUGUCUACCAGGCAAUUAAAAAUAUUCUUCACUCAGGUUUUUUUUAUAGUGUUUUUUUUUUUUCGUCUACACUUCAGGAAUCUGUAAACUUGCAGUGAAGCUAAUCCUGGCAUGCUCAGUCAUUGCAUUCUGUUGGCCUAAAUAAUUUAUACUGGUUUGCAUUUUUAAUGAAUUUCUCUUUGAGUUUAGUUACACUGGUGAGUCAGUAAAAGCGGUUUCCAUCUUUCCAUCACCUACUCAGAAAUUAUUUUAUUGCCUUUUGCAUGGGCAAGUGCUUCAGUUUUAGUUCAGGUCCGAUAAAAGAAAAAUCCUUGGUAUAAAUUCAGCCUUUAUUCAUUGAUUUAGAUAUAUUAAACUUUACCCAGAGUGCUGUUUUUUCAGGAAAAUGCACCAAUAAAUACAUGCUUGAUAUUUUUGUGUCAAAACACAAAAGAAUGAUUUUUUCCUAUAUACCUAUAGGAGGGCAAUAAAUACGCAGCAGAGAUCUUAUUUUCUUAAUCUACUAAUGUCUGAAAACAGAGUUGCUUGAAUGCAAUUGACUGUGACAUUUUGAAGGAUUCAAUCUUAUUUUUGUUGAAGUUGCAUCACAACAGGGCUGCUCCAAGGUCUGUAUUUGAGUUAAGCCCUUUUAAGAUUUCUUAUGCUAUUUUGAAUAUGAAUGCAAUAAAAUUUUCUCUGAAACUGG